UUGCGCUAACUCAACUGGCCAAAGGCGGCUCUCGUAAGAUUUACACCAAUUCGUUUAAAAUGCUGCCAUCAAAACCUCUAUUAUUGCAUGUCAUUGUUAGGUUUUAAAUAUCUGUUAAUUUUCCGAUGUUUUCGUCUUCUUUAACGAGAGGUGGUAAGAGUUGAAGACAGCUAGACAGUUAGCUAGCCGGCUACGGAAGUUAGCCAAACAGUUAGCUGUCGAGCCGCGUCAGCUCGCCGAGGACAGCGCUCUUAUCUCCCGCAUUUCAAGCCUCCUCGCCUGCCUUUGCAACUAAACAUUUUACCAAGAAGCCAUAAGCCACAUUAGAUCCACACCCAGACAUGUGAAAACAUCCGAAAGUUCCAUUCUCUACGUUUAAUCGGUGGGACAUGUUUGUUUCAAUUCUGCCGCUUUUUUCAUGAGACACUGCUUCUGUUUUGACAAAGAAAGCCGAGCGGAAUCUCUUUCUGUCGCCCUUGGCUGGAUUUAGCUUUUUGUUGGGCGGAUGGCUCCACAGAGGCACGGCUCCUCGGGUGGGAGCCACCCGGUGGGUUCUGGUGCCGCAGGGAGAGCUAAUGGGCUGUACUCGUCCUCCGACUGCAAGAAGGCCAACAUGCAGCUCGUUCAAGCCGACCACGAGUUGUUCCUGCAGGCCUUCGAGAAGCCCACCCAAAUCUACAGGUUCCUCCGCACCAGGAACUUGAUAGCUCCCAUAUUCCUGCACAGGACCCUCACCUACAUGUCCCACAGAAACUCCAGGAAGAACACCAGACGGAAAAGUGCCAAGGUGGACAAUCUGCUCUUCCAAGUGGAAAAGAUGCGAGGCGAACAGGAGACACACAGUCUGGCGUCAAAUCUGCAGCUCACCUUCACAGGCUUCUUCCAUAAAGCUGGGAAACCGUCUCAGGACUGCGAGAACCAGCAGAACUCAGUCUCUCUGGAGGUUCUGCUGGUCAAAGUCUGUCACAAAAAGAGGAAGGAUGUCAGCUGUCCGGUCAAACAGGUUCCAGCCGGGAAGAAGCAGGUUCCUCUCAACCCAGACGUGAGCUCUGGCGGCAGCACAGCUAAACCCGGAAGCUUGCCCUCUCUGCUGGUCCCCAGCAGCGAGUUUGAACCCAGCAACUCUCACAUGGUCAAGUCCUACUCGCUGCUCUUCAGAGUGGCCCGGCCCGGGCACCCCUGCUCACCCUUUAACGGCCUUCCCAACGGAGAGUCCCACCACAACAGAGACUUGACUGAGGACAUGGACAGGAAGAGGCGGAGCUCCCCUCUGAGGGAGGAUGGAGAAAGCACGCUAGUGGCUCAGAUGACUGUCUUUGAUAAAAACAGACGUCUGCAGCUGCUGGACGGCGAGUAUGAGGUGUCCAUGCAAGAGAUGGAGGAGUGUCCCGUCAACAACAAGAGGGCCACCUGGGAGACCAUCCUAGACGGAAAGCACCUGCCCCCAUUAGAGACCUUCUCCCAGGGCCCCACGCUGCACUUCACCCUGCGCUGGACCAGCGACGCCUCCGAGCGCUCCACCGCUCCCGUCGCCAAACCUCUGGCCACCCGGAACUCUGACGCCAACAACGAGAGCAGGCCCGGCACGCUGCGGGCCGCGCACGCCCCCGGUGAGCGAGGUGGGUGUGGUCGGUGUAAGGACAUAAAAAGGAGAGGGAUGAGCUGGACUGACGGGAUGUGUUUGCAUGCAGCUGUGAAGGAAUCCGUCAACAGUGACAAAGUCCAAACCAGGAGAGACCACAUUGCAGCAGAACCACCACAGAAACUGAGGAUCUUCUACCAGUUCCAGUACAACAACAAUACUCGUCAGCAGACGGAGGCCAGAGACGACCUUCACUGUCCUUGGUGCACGCUCAACUGCAGGAAGCUCUAUAGUCUGCUCAAACACCUCAAGCUGUCCCACUCGCGCUUCAUCUUCAACUACGUGCCUCACCCUAAAGGAGCAAAGAUCGAGGUGUCCAUCAACGAGUGUUACGAUGGUUCGUACUCCGGGAACCCUCAAGACGUCCACAACCAGCCGGGCUUCGCCUUCAGCAGGAACGGGCCCGUCAAAAGGACGGCGGUCUCUCACGUGCUGGUCUGCAGACCCAAGCGGACCAAGCUGAGUCUGUCCGAGUUCCUGGAGUCUGAGGAUGGCGACCGAGAGCAGCAGAGGACAUACAUCAGCGGACACAACCGCCUGUACUUCCACAGUGACAGCUGCGUGCCGCUGCGGCCUCAGGAGAUGGAAGUGGACAGCGAAGACGAGCGAGACCCGGACUGGCUCAAAGAGAAGACUGCCAAGCAAAUUGAGGAUUUCACCGACGUGAACGAGGGCGAAAAGGAGAUCAUGAAGCUGUGGAACCUUCACGUCAUGAAACACGGCUUCAUCGCGGACCACCAGAUGAACGAGGCCUGCUUGCUCUUCACCGAGCUGCACAGCGCCCACAUCAUAAAGCGCAACCUGUGUCGCAACUUCCUCCUGCACCUGAUCAGCAUGCACGACUUCAACCUGGUCACCACGCUCACCAUCGACCGCGCCAUGGCCCGAUUACGCCUCCUGCAGAACCAGGCCUCCCAGAGCCACAAUGUGGAGAACCAUGAUGGUGAGGAAGAGGAUGAGGAAGAGGAGGACUGGGAAACAGCGGUGGAGUCCCAGCCUGAGCUGGACCCGGAUCAUGAGUCCUCUCAGUGUAAAGCCGUCAGUAGGUGUCAGGAAAGCAGCAAGCAUCAGAACUCUGCAUGAAACUGACCAACGACAGCGGGUCCACCAGAAAGCAUCACAGAGCACCAAACUGGACUUGGGAUAUUUUGGGCUUAAAGACACCAGAACAUCAUGUUUUCCUAUUUGUUAUCUUUGAACCGUUCCUCAGAGGUCGUCUUCUUGUCAGGACUCAUCAGCACAUUGGGACAGAACCUCUCCAGUGGUGCUCGGUUUUCUUCUUUUGCUAGCUCUGGAAUGAUUGUUUUUUUUUAUAUCUACUGAACUGCAAAAUGUGAGCAGCGUUCUUCUUUGGAUCACCAAGUUCUGAGCCGGUGCUGCCUUCGAUCUUAUUUUAUUGACAUGGGAACGCAUUGAAGUCCACUCUUUCAUCAUACAAUCAACACUCCCGACUUGUGGGAUAUUUUCAGCCAGAAGGAAGUCAAUUAAUUCGCAAAGUAAAUGAAAGAAGCGGAUGUACCUUCCUGGUAGGAGUUUAGCCAAUGCAGAAGUGCCUUUUCAAAGUUGCAUUAUUUCCAGAGGCCAGCAGGGGGCAACCUCGCUGCGUGAAAACAAAAAGGUGCUUUUAAAUAGAAGUGUCAAGUAAUCACUAGUUUCUAAUCAUUUAAUUUCACCUUGACAUGAAAAACAGGACAAAGCAGGCGUGACCUAGGGUGGCGUUACUUUGUGAUUGAUCUCAAGGCCUUGAUGUGCCACCCUCUCAAACUCGCAUAAAAGUCCAGAGAGUACAUCCACUCACUCUGUGGCCCGGUCACCAUUUACCUUUUAGUCUUUCCUUUCAUAUUGUAAGUAAGCGUGGUUGAGUUAGCUUUGGAAUUUAGCUGUGUGGAAUUGUGAACCUUGCCAGGAUACUUCUGUACGUUGACAGCUUGCUUUGGUUCCUCGGUUUAUGUCGUCAUGUGCACGUGACCACUGAGGGCCAAUGGAGUACGAAUCAGAACUGAUCAGUUGGACUCUUUGAAAGGCUUCACCUCGGGUGUUCAGAACCCAGAAGUGUGUGCUGAGCACUUUUUUUUUUGAUUUGAUGAAAGUUCAUCUGUUCCUUCACAUAAGACCAGCAGGAUUUUUGCACAAGUUGACAGCAGCAAUGUGAAGAAAACUGUUAAACCAGCGUGUAAACUUCAAGUGGUUUUCUAUUAAAAUGAGCACAUUUGUUACCUUUUAAAGAUGGUGGCUUUUAAGCAAA